AUGUACCGGGUGGGUGCUUUAGGCAGGCAGGCAGGUGGUAAGGAUUUGUGCCUGGGGUGGAAGAGUGGUAGAGUGGUUGGGGGGGACGACGUCACUGAGGUGGUGGGUGAGAGGACGAAGAGCAGUGGACGAGUGAGCGGUAGAGCAAUAGAGCAGGUAGACUCGCACAGCCACCUUUUUUAUAUCUCUGCCUGGCGGCUAUCACCAGUUCACACCUCAUCAUUGAUCCCAGCUCCCCAAUAG